CGCUGCAACGACGGCUCAGCUCGCGAUCCCCACCACCACCGCCGUCGCGGCAACAGCCCGCUGGCAGCACUCGGGCCAGUCUGCGGGCACUGUCCAAGCGACGCGGGUCGGUCGACGAUCCCGGCGGGCGAUCAGUGAUUCUUUUCUCCUCCGGCGUCGUCGGCUCGCGAAAGGUCUGGCGCCCCGUGCUUGGUGCUGCCCCGGGUGCCACCAGUUCACCCUCACACCCCUCUCUCCCUCCUCCGGCCGAGAGGAGGCAGGCGAUGGCGCUGCUGCCGGCCCCACGCCACCGCCGCUGCCGUCGCAGCAGCCGGCGCCGAUGCUUCUGACGACGCCGCGUACGUGAGCGUGCGGCGACUGCGGUCGUCGCGGCCGGCAUCGUGUGCAUUUGACGUGUUCUCCGGAGAGUAGUAGUAAGAGCGGUGGUGCGCGACUCCCUUCCCCGAUGCGGGUGGAGCCCGAGCUACAGCCCGGGCAGUGCAUGGCCUUCACGCCGUUCCUGUUGCCCGGCGCCACGGCCAGUUCGAGCCCGCCGGCGCGGAGCCCGUCGGACUUCUCCAUGCACUCGAUACUGAGCCAGCAACCGCCCUAUCUGCCCCUCGGGCUGCCGCCGGUGUUCGGUGCCGCGCCACCUCAGCUGUUCCCGGGUGCCGGCCCCAAGCUCGUGGGGCCACCCGUGCCGCCGCUGGGCCCGCAGGCGCAGCUCACGCCCGAGGAACUGCUGGCGGCGCGCCACUUGCGGGCGCCGCCGGGCUUCGAGCCCGAAGACGACGGCGUCCAGGACGACCCCAAGGUGAACCUCGAGGGAAAGGACCUGUGGGGACGGUUCCACGAACUCGGCACUGAGAUGAUCAUCACAAAGUCAGGCCGGCGGAUGUUCCCGCCUUACAAGGUCCGGGUGACGGGUCUGGACAAGAAGGCCAAGUACAUCAUGCUCAUGGACAUUGUGGCCGCGGACGACUGCCGGUACAAGUUCCAGAACCGGAGAUGGGUCGUGGCGGGCAAGGCCGACCCCGAGAUGCCCAAGCGGAUGUACAUACACCCGGACUCGCCGUCCACGGGGGAGCAGUGGAUGCAGAAGGUGGUCUCCUUCCACAAGCUCAAGCUCACCAACAACAUCUCCGACAAGCACGGCUUUCAGACCAUCCUGAACUCGAUGCACAAGUACCAGCCGCGGUUCCACCUGGUUCGGGCCAACGACAUCCUCAAGCUACCGUACAGCACCUUCAGAACGUACGUGUUCAAGGAGACCGAGUUCAUCGCCGUCACUGCUUACCAGAACGAGAAGAUUACGCAACUGAAAAUCGACAACAACCCCUUUGCGAAGGGCUUUCGAGAAACUGGUGCCGCGAGGAAAGACAAGAAGAAGUACGCGCUGCCUCCGGCCUCCAAGUCACUUCCGGGCGGCGCCCUGGCGCCGAGCGACGUCAGCUGUCCGACCAAGAUCGACGUGGACGACUCUUACUACAGCGACGACGACCGGCGGACGGAGCAGUCGCUCUCGGCCGACGAGGCGUCGUCGGUGGGACCGCCCGGCGGCGACCUGUCGCCGAGACUGCACGGCCGUUCGCCCGGCUCGCCCGACCACCCCGGCGGCUUCGGGGACUACCUGCCCUACGCGGCCGCCGCAGCGGCCGCAGCCGCCGCCGGCGCCGGAGGUCCGCACUCGUCGUUCCCGCUGCAGUACCUGUACAACCAGAGCCUGUACCAGCAGAGUCUCAUGCUGCAGGACAUGCUCAUGUCGUCGGCGGCCGCUGCAGCGGCCGCCGCGGCUGCCUCCAACAACGCGUCCCCGACUUCGGCGGGCGGACGGCCCGGCGCGUCGCCGUUCGGCUUCAACCCUUUCUCGGUGCGCAAUCUCCUCAUGGCUAACGAGCAGAGCUACCUGAAGGCGCCCAGCCCGCUUAAGGCGGCGGCCGACGAACACCUCAAGAGUCAGCUACGGUUCUUUCCCUACCAGCUACCGGCGUGGCGGUUGCCCACAUCGUCGGGGGAAACGUCACCUCCACCUCCGCAGUCUCAACCUCUUCCUCAACCUUCUGCCGUGGCGCAGCCACCGUCGAGACCCGGGUCCUCCUCUCCGCCGACCUCAAAGAGCUCCGGAGUUAUUCCACCUUUCGGAGGUCUUCGACAGGAGAAGAUGUGUCUCCUGAGAGACGGCUGCACCGGAGGGGAAGACCCCUCGGAGAGGUCUUCCGCACCUGGUAGUCCACUAGCGGCGACCUGCCCGACUACGUCUCCACCGACGACGUCGGCGUCCAUGAUGAUGAUGCGGGACCGCUGCUCCUCGGCGACUGCGAACUCCGCCUUCGAAGACGGCAGGGUGCGUCGUGACUCCGAGGAACUGAUCGACGGCAAUGACUGAGUGCGACCUGGGUGGCGACCGGGGACUCCCACACGUGGUGUUGUCGCGCCGUGAACCGUGACCCCGCUUACCCGCUGCGGUGCCUGGUGCGGACGUAGUAUGCUGUGUACACGACGCUCGUUACUCCUCUGUGUGCUAUAGGCACAUGAGCGACUUCGCGUCACGCGAACUUGUCGAGAACUCUGUCGUGCUCUCGCGAUUUGAGUGAGUGCGUGGGUGUCUGUGUGUGCAUAACCCAAUGCACUGUGGUUAGAGAGUAGUCGGCCGUACGCCUUCUGACUCUCGAAUGAUUCGCGUUUUUCUUUUUUUAAGACUUGUUUUUCUUGAGCUUAGUUCUCUCUACCCCACCACGAUUGUCGAAAUGGCGUACACACACGUUCACGCCAUUUCGGCGAAGUGUCGUUGCGAGUGUUCUGCAAGUAAUAAGAGUGCGCGUAGAAAAAAAGGAAAAGCGCCAUUUUAACGCAGGACGUUUCGCACUGUUUGAAAUGAAUAGCAGCAAUCGGUACUCUGUAGGGUAGCCUUCCUCCCCACCAGUUCAAUUUUUAUUUUUCGUUUUUAUCACUUCAUAGUCGCAUUUGCUGCGAGUGCCCCGGGUGACUUAAGCGCAGCGAUUCUAGCAUGAGUGCUCAGCGCGAAAGUGUUUUCUCUCUCUCUAGCUAAGGCUCUGCAGCUUCGGUUUCGUUGGUCGAGUGUGCUGACAACGCAAUACAACGAAUAGAGUGCGGAAUAAUAGUCGCACACCACGAAUCGCUUCUAUAUUAUAUCCCCACUGCCACAGAUCCUCAAGGAACAUUAAUCGCUGUUCUUAAUUCUCUGCAUCCAACCCCUCCUACUCACACCCCCGUCUCCAAUAAAUUAUUAUGUUGUUGAUAUUGCUCUCGAACAUCAGAAAUCGGCCUAGGAAUUGAUGGCACAAGGCGUAGGAGUUACCAUAUUAUUUGACUGAUGGCUGGCAAACUGAUGGAAAUAGCCCCGCCACGGUGGUCUAGCAGUUAUGGCGCUCGACUGCUGACCCGAAGGUCGAGGGAUCGAAUCCCGGUUGCGGCGGCUCCAUUUUCGAUGGAGGCGAAAAUGUUUGAGGCCCGUGUACUU